AUGAUGUUUCAUCGGAGGUGUGUUCAUCGGCAGUGGGGUUUAAUCUUCAGGAGGUUGAGUAAACGAGGGGGGAUUUCGACGAUAAGAUUGAAGCUUUUGACUAUGAAAUGUUCGGCGAUUGUUGAGCAUGGUGGGAUUAGGUACGGUGGGGCGGUGGAUUUGCCACGAUGGGUGCAGUCGGUGGUCCAGGAGGAGUGGACGGUGGAGGUGUUUGAUUUGGAGUUAAUGAUGAACAAGGAUAUUGAAGAGGAAAUGGUGAGGCUGUUGCAGGGAGGAAGGCACGCGGGGAAAUCAAGCUCCGAAAUCUCAGUGUAUGAUGGUUUUGGGGAAAUCAAUGAGGAUUUUGCCUUCACUUUCAAACAACUUAUAUCAUCAGCAUCACCACCACUCCACCACUCCGCAAUCUGA